AUGGGAUACUACGACAUCGACGAUAUCCUAGCCGAUGGCGAAAAAGUGCCUUGUGCUUUCAAUGCGACAUACCCAGGCCUAGGUUUCCUAGACGGAAGCCCCGGCAGACCGCUUCAGAAGGACACAAAGGUGGAACUACCGAUGUGGUUGGCGAAGCUUUUGGCAAUGAGCGAGUUACUGGCUCAGUCUGAUCUCAGUUUUGUGGAGAUGCUUACCCCUGAUUUCAUAAGCACCAAGGUGCUAAACGCUAUUCGUGCUGACCCCAAGUCCGUGGAUCUACAUUCGUUGAAAGCAAGCUACUACAAGCUCGCGGAGCAGUGGAUCUACAUAUUCAGUGACCGCCAGGUUGCUGAAAUUGUCAUGGAGCUUUUGAAGCUGCGAGCUUUGGAGAUUGAUAACUUUGCCAGCAAUACCAAUAAACACGUGAACAGCUCGUUCUUGCUCUCCUUGGACGAGUUUGAGAAGAAGCUAUACAAGGUCACAGCGGAGAGCAAAAGACAGAAUAGACAGUGGGCCAGCCUGACGUGA